AGCAAUAAUGGCCGGCCGGUUUUCUCAGAAUGCAAGCUUGCUAAAAAUCUCGUCUUGUUGUCUGUACAUCACUUAUAGAUAGCAGUCAUGCCUUUCGGAAUCUUAGAAGACACCUUGCUCGAGGACAUCCCGGGAACUGCCAACCUCAAUGACCAGGCUGAUGCCGCAGUUUUGUACGCACAUCUUCCCCCGGGCAUGUUGAAGCAUGGCAAGGGCCGCCACUCCCAUAUCAUUCUCGUGCCCCAGCCGUCUGAUGAUCCAAAUGAUCCUCUCAACUGGCCGCAAUGGAAGAAGGACGGAAUCCUCUUCAUCGUCGGCAUGUCUGCCGCUGUCGUCGGGGCCUUCGGCCCUAUGAUGUCUCCCGGUUUCGUUGAGAUUGCUGCUGAUCUCGACGUCUCUGUCAACAAACUCUCCCAGACCACGUCAUGGCUCACACUCACUAUCGGUCUCUCGCUCAUCGUCCUCAACCCGCUCGCAAAAAUGUACGGCAAGCGCCCAAUGUACAUCUUUGCUAUCGCCGUUAUGUUCGCCAGCAGUGUCUGGGGCGGAGCCUCGACGUCGUUCAACUCGCUUCUCGGCAGCCGUAUCUUUUCCGGAUUUGGAAUGGCUCCGUAUGAAGUUCUCGUGCAGUGUACUCUCAACGACAUGUACUUUGUGCACGAGAAGGGAACCCGAGUAGCCGUCUGGAAUUUGUUCUUGCUCUGUGGUAUCUCUGGCGGUAGCUUGGUCAGUGGUUACAUCAUUGAAGAUCUCACCUGGAAGUGGACUUUCUGGUUCUGUGCAAUCAUCUUUGGUGUGCUGAUGUUUGCCGUCGUCUUCUUUGUACCCGAGACUACCUACAACCGCAAGGAGAUUGACUACACGCUCGAGACGGAGUUGCAGGAGGAGAAGCUCCAUGGCGAGCACAUCGAGAAGGCCGACGAGUCUCGUCUCGAGGCCGAGGCUGUCCCUGUUGAGGAGCGCAUGAAGCAGUACAAGAAGCACACUUACUGGCAGAGUCUGCGGGUCUACACUGGUAGAUACUCCAAGGCGUCGCUGCCGCGCAUUGCUGCUCGUACUCUUAUCAUCUUCUCUUACCCUGCUGUUCUGUGGGCGUUCCUGAUGUACGGUACCACCGUCACCUGGAUUGUCGCGUUCAGUGUCGUCAACGCUAGUAUCUUCACUAUCGAGCCUUACAACUUUAGCAUCUCGCAGACUGGACUGAUUGGUCUCUCUCCGUUGGUUCUCGUGAUCAUUGGUGAGGCUAUCUCUGGUCCUCUGAACGAUUAUAUCUGUUUGCAUCUGGCAAAGAAAAACAAGGGAAUCUACGAGUCCGAGUUCCGUCUUGUGCUGAUCAUCCCGGUCAUGAUCAUCGGUGCUGCCGGAUUCUUUGGCUUUGGAGCCGCUGUACAUUAUCAAACCCACUGGACUGGGCCUGUGUUGACCUACGGUCUUGCAAAUAUGUCGCUUUCGUUUGCGAGUGGAUGCGUGUUUGGAUACGUUAUGGACUCGCAUCCUAAGCUUUCCGAGGAAGCUUUUGUGGCCAUCAACCUGCGCAACUUGCUAACCUUUGGCCUCACCUACUUUAUCAACGACUGGAUCUUGGACGACGGCGUUUUGUUUGUUUUCUGUAUUCUCGGAAUGCUUUUCCUUGUUGUGUGUCUCAUGACCAUCCCGUUGUGGAUUUUCGGCAAGAAGGCUAGAAGUCUGAUUGCGCGGAAUAAGUGGUUGAAUGAGUUUAUGAGCGACGAGUAGUAGCAUCACGGAGUUUAGUUUCAUUGAUUGGUUUAGGCUCGUUUGUUUGUUGUAUUUGCUGGACACUUGAAUAUACAGUGAUACAGGUUUAUUUGUAUUUCAUAUAUAGUAUCAAAUUCAUUUCUGUUAACUUAUCUAAACACAGCUGACUAUCUACG